UUUACUUAAGGUCCUUAACAAUUGAGGCGUCCAGCGGUACUGGUGCGAUAACUUUAGGAUUCAAAUAAGCAACAGUAAUCUAUCAACAGAAGUCAAAUAUUUGAGCAAAGGGAUAGAUUGCCUAUUACGCCAUAAAUACAAUUUCUUCCUUUUUGCCCGAAACAUUGGCUUGUGAACUGCAACUCCAAACGCCAUGCAGUUAGUGUUGUCAUGUUUUUUCUCCAGAGGUACGUGACAAGCGUAUUACAUAAAGCAUUUACAGCCUGCCUCAUGCGCAAGAUGGCGGACAUUGUAAGUGUUGAUAUAUGUGCAACGGUGACUACCGGUUUGGAGUCCGUGGCCGCAGAGGAGUGCGAAGAAAAGCUAGGAUGCAAGUCUAUAAGGAAAGGAAGGGGACGUAUAUACUUUGACAUUCCAACGAAUUCGUUUAUGCAGUUGAAGUCCUUACGAUCUGUUGAGCACUUGUUUGUCGUAGUCAAGGAAUUUCAAGAAGACAGUAGCGAAGGCUUUGAUUGCCACAGUCCAGAUAUUCUUGAAAAGCUUUACAAACUACCGCAAGCUCUUGACUGGAAAUCGAGUCUUUUCAUGUGGAAGCAAUUUAAAGGAUAUUCGGGAGCAAUUUUUAAAAACGAAAACGAUGAUUUGAAUUGCAAUCGCGAUGGUUUUGUAACUGUAAAGAAUGGUGGAGGAAGCUCGAAAGAAGGUGACGAGUCUGUGGCCGAAGAGAUGGAGGAUGAAAGUGAAGCUCCAGUGAAAAGAAUGAAACACGGAAAUGAAAAUUCUGGACAGCCGAAGGCAAGUGAGGAGGAUGAUUCUGAAGAAACUGUUUUGCCCUCAAGUGUUGAUCUUGGGGUAACAUCGACAUCUACAAACGCCAAACCUCUAGAGGUUGCAGAUCAGCUGGUUUUACCGCGAUUCCGUGUCACAUGUACACGCACUGGCAAUAACCAUAGCUUCUCGUCCCAAGAGGCUGCAGCUAAAUUUGGUGGUGGAAUAAACGAUGGGUUUGGCUGGCGAGUAGACCUUAGCCAUCCAGACAUCGAAGUACUUCUACACAUUGUCGACAACAGUGUUGUCAUCGGUAUCGCCCUGACUAAGGAAAGUAGAGGAAAACGGAAUAUUGCUCACUUUGGUCCAACGAACUUAAAGUCAUCAAUAGCCUAUUGUAUGCUUUCACUGGCAAAUAUUAAGCCAGGUGAUGUGGUGUGUGAUCCAAUGUGUGGAGGAGGCUCCAUUCCUAUAGAGGCUUCCCUCAGUUGGCCCACAUCUUUUCACCUGUGCGGAGACCAUCACGAAUUAGCUCCUGCCAGGACCUUGGCUAAUGUACAGAAUGUGGUUGAACUACAGUUGGAAAAAAAGAAGACUCUUCCCCUGGAUAUUUUUCAAUGGGAUGUGUGCAAUCUUCCCUUGAAGGCCAACAGCAUUGAUGUAUUCAUCUCUGAUUUGCCUUUUGGGAAGAGAAGUGGUUCCAAGCAUGAAAACUGGAAACUGUAUCCCAAAGCUCUGGAGGAAAUGGCCAGGGUGUGUUCAGUAGGAAGUGGAAGGGCUGUACUUCUGACUCAGGAUAAGAAGGUGAUGUGGAAAGCAGUGAACAGUUCAAGACAGUGGAAGAAAGAUUUGACUUUGUGGAUCAACAUAGGAGGUCUCAAAGCAGGAAUAUAUGUUCUUACCAGGACUAAAUAGUGAGAUUUUGAUGUACUGUAGCUGGUUAACAAUGUUUGCAUUACAUGAAGUUGAAUCCCUAGGGUGUCUUUGGCAAAUUGGUUGUUUUUAUUUCUGGAGAACUGUUCUGGUACCACAGACAAGUCUUAAUGCAAUGGAGGAAUAUUACUUAUCAAUCCACUAUAAAUUGUUCAAGAUCUCACCUUUCUUAGUUCUCCAGAAAUGAUAGACACAUAGAUGUAGAAUCUCACACUUUCAAUACAUUACUAAGAAAGUGGGUGAUGAGAAUGGACAGACAUAUUGGUCAGGGAGAGUUCUCUUCACAGAGUAGCAAUACUGUAACUGAUACCAAGGGAGGAUUGGAGUGGUCAGGACCUUCCACCCCAACAGACAAGUGGGUUUUGUUUUUCUUGUGUGGCAUUAAAAUUCUGGCAACUACAGGGUUACUUAUGACUUCUCAACUGGUUGUUGUGUGUGUUCGUGUGUGUGUGUGAUCUGCCCCUGCAAUGCUACAGUUUAUCUAUUGUGUAAAGGAAAACAUGGAAGUGAGGAGGAGAUAUAUAUAUCUCAAAUCUUGAAGAAUAGGAGUGAAUGGAGCACUAGUUAGCUUGGUAGAGUUGUGGAAAACAACUAAGCCAUUUUUUACACCUAAAUGAGAUGUAAAAAUGACAAUUGGUUGUUUCCGAUGAAAUGACAUGAAACCACAUAUUACUUUGUCCACAUCAAAUACCAGGGUUUUCUUUAAGGUUUUAAGUAGCCGGAGCUUUUUUUAAAAAGGUAAAGAGUAAAUGGUAUUCAUAUCUUGAAAUCCAAUAUGGUGGACAAAAUGUCAUAUCAUUCGUACUUUCCUGCCACCACAGCAAGAUUUGUCAAAAAGACAGUCCCCAUCAGAAUGUUUUUUAAACUAACCUUGAGUCAGAAGUCUUUUUAUGUUUUCAGAAAAGAUAGGCAUUGCAAAUUUAUAUUUUUAUUGAGCCCAAGUUUAGACCUGAUAAACAUCAUCUCUGUACAGGCUCUCAAAGCAAUGAAAGUAGCCAGUGAAACCUUGCAAAGAAGCCGGUGUAAUUCGCCAGCUGCUGGCUCUUAUCUACAACCCUGAAAUACCAUUUAACAUCUUAAUAUUCUGGGCCACCACCAAAAGAAUUUGCCUUUUGUUCAAGAUCUAUAUCAUUUCUCAUUGUAAGCCUACCUGAACCGAGUUUAACAUCACCAUAAAGGUGAAGGCCAAGCUAACAAUAAUUUAUUCACAGGGUAAAUUGAAAUAAAGUGAUAAAUGUUUUUACUCUAAA